UUUUCAGAUUCUCAUCAACAAUGACAAAGUGGAAUAUGCAUUAUUUUCUUGUACUAUUGGAAAAAGUGGACACUGUGGGCAUGUUAUUGCUUUACUUUAUCAGCUGACAUUACAAACAGCGGACGUUUACCCUCAUACCAACUGAUAUUGCCAAGACUUCACUUCCUCAGACCUGGCAUGUUCCACGUGGAGAGAAGCUGAAGGGAGAUCAGAUUGACAACAUAGUUGUUCAGGGCUACGACAGACAGGAUCCACGGAGGGCUACUCAAGGCAUAAGGUCAACUUUAUACAACCCAAUUACUACCGAUGAGUGUUUUAACAUGGAGAGUUUCAUUAAUGAAAUAGGAGAAAUGGACAUUCUUUUUCCUACUGUAGCCUCAAAUUCAGUUUCAUCAGACAGGGUGCUCACAAAGUUUGGCAAUUUCCCUAAAGGAAGUGUCAUUAGCUACCAGCAGAAGAAAUCAACUGACUGUUUUAAAUUUACUUGAUAUAAAUGACUUUCCCAGAUUACCCACAAAGAAUGUCAUGAAAACAAAUGUGCCCUUUGUACUGCAGGAACAACAAGAAAAACAGUUUCAGUCACUGACAGUUACCGAGUUAGAAUGUGUAGAAAUAGAGGAGAGCACCCGCAGCCAGUCUAGGGAUCCAAUGUGGCACAAACUUAGAAGUGAAAGGAUAACUGCAUUCAAUGCAGGGGAAAUAGCUAAAAGGCGUGCAGAUGGUCAAAAACUAGCCGAAAGACUGAAGUCAGCAAGGAGUUACCAGUCCGCAGCUAUGAAAAGAGGAAUUGAAUCUGAAGCUACAGCUGCCCAGGCAUAUAGUCAGGUAUCAAUUUCCUGUCUUUUGACAAAUAUAGUUGAAAAAUUCCAUAGGUUCUCUCUUAUAUAUGUCUUACAUGUUUGGGGGCCACGGUGGCCGAGAGUGCUUAAGCUGGCCUGUAUUCCACAUAGCUAG